AUGGGAGAAAUUGAUCCAGCUUUCAUACAAGACUCUCAUCACAGGCCUAAACUCUUCAUCAUCGAAGCCGAAGGCAUACCCUUGAUUGACCUGUCUCCAAUAAACUCCCCAGACUCCAUUACUGAUCCCAAAGCCAUUGAAGGUGUUGUUAGAGAAAUAGGCAGUGCAUGCAAGGGCUGGGGGUUCUUCCAAGUGAUCAAUCAUGGGGUUCCAUUAGAUAAGCUCCGAAAUAUUGAGACUGCUGCUAGGAAGUUCUUUGCUCUGCCCUUGGAGGAGAAGAGGAAGAUUAGAAGGGAUGAAAAAAGCAUAUUGGGUUACUAUGACUGUGAGCGUACCAAGAAUGUCAGAGACUGGAAGGAGGUGUUUGAUUUAACAGUGGAGGAGCCUACGUUAGUCCCGGCAUCGCCUGACCCCGAGGACAAGGAAGAGACAGAGUGGCAUAACCGAUGGCCGGAGUAUCCUCCAGAAUGCAGGGAGGCCUGUGAAGAAUAUGCUCAAGAAAUCGAAAAGCUAGCUCUGAAGUUGAUGGGACUUGUUGCCUUGAGCCUUGGCUUGCCAGAAAACAGGUUCAGCAGAUACUUCAAUGACCAAACAACUUCUAUGACACUCAAUUACUAUCCACCUUGUCCUUCCCCUCAGUUAGCUCUUGGUGUUGGUCCCCACAAGGAUGGCGGUGCGUUAACCGUGCUAGCUCAAGAUGAAGUUGGAGGAUUGGAAGUGAAGAGAAAAACAGAUGGAGAGUGGAUCCGGGUUAAACCCACCCCAAAUGCCUAUGUCAUCAAUGUUGGCGACAGUCUUCAGGUUUGGAGCAAUGAUAUCUAUCAUAGUGUAGAACACAGGGCAAUGGUGAACUCUGAGAAGAAAAGGUUUUCUAUUGCUUACUCUCUCAAACCAUCACACUACACCCUAAUCAAGCCCUUGGAGGAGCUAAUAAGUGAAGAAAACCCUGCCAAGUAUAGGCCAUACAACUGGGGAAAGUUUAUGACUCACAGAAAACUCACCAAUUUCAAGAAACUCAAUGUAGAGAACAUCCAAAUUCAUCAUUUCAGGUUAUCAGAAUAA